AUGAUUGCCCAAAAGACGCACCAUUUCAAGACGACCAUAUUGAGCAGCUGCGGUUAUGCCAUAGCCGGUGCUGCCUUCGCUACGUACAUUGAGGCCCUCGCCGAUCUGGCCAAGAGCGACAACACCAAGAUCCUGCUCUACUCCCAGGACGCCUCCCACACUGUACAAGACGUGACCAAACAGUUUGGCUCACUCUUUGUUGAAAUGGUCAUCUCCAUGCAGUAA